GGCUGGGUGACGAUGAGCCUCCGUGGAAAGGACCUGCUUGCCAAGGCCACCUUGGAAGAGAGCCACAUCUCCGAGGAGUCUACCAGCGGAGGGGACACAAGCGACGGGGACAAGGGCAGCCCAAUCGCCGCCGAGGGGAAGGACGGCCUCUCUGCAGAUGAACGCGCGGCCCUGCGGCGCUAUGAGGCCAGCUUUGGUCGAGGGGACGGCGCAGCCCAUGCAGGCUACAACCGAAAGGCAUUUCCUUGGUUCGUGCAGCGCAAGGCCGCAAGCGAGACAUCAGACGAGGUCAUCAAAGCGACACAGGCAUUCAAGGCAAAGAAAGAGGAGCGCCAGAGGAAGCCCCGUUUGUGGGAUGUGGACUCAGAGGGCGAAGAGGUGACGCUGUGCGCGAGGUGCUUCAUGCCGAUUGGUGAGACAGCAUACGAGGGGAAGGCCAAGAACACCUGCGUCCACCCCGAGUGCUGCGCACAGGUGAUGAUUGAGGAGAUGCAGGAGCAGGAGAGAGGCUUCUUGCAGGAGCAGCGUGAGAAGAAGCAGAAGAAUCGAGCUGAGCACGACAUUGGCUGGUCCACGUCGCUGGUGCCCUCCAGUGCCCCGCUGGCGGAGCAGCUGGGCUCUGGCGAGCUCAGGGGCCUUACCUGCCUCGUUUGGGACGAGGCCGCCCGCUCCGUGCGCGUGGCGCCCACGGCCGAACCCGCAGCUGCCGUGAAUUUGGAGUACCUGGCCCUGGCCCUCAAGGUCCGCCGAGAGUCCCGACGCGAGCCCCUCUUCUCCCUGGAUCCUGUUGAUCCGAAGAAUGUUGAGACCACAGCGCAGAAGAAGCGUUUCGAGCCAGAGUGGCUCGCGGGAACCAGCGUCGGGGACGUGAUGUUCCAGGCCGACUACUUCCUUAAAGAGUUGGCUCUUGGAGAGUACACGAUGCCUGUCGUGGGCAUGCUGAGCGUUUUCGACUGGUCCGAG